CAUAUAUGGAUCCAAUUCGGGAAGACAUGAACCUCUCCUCUCUCCAGAAUGGCGGCCCGACAAGCGUCAAAGGUUUCAUGGCGGCGCCGCCCUUGGAACACUCUCCGCCCAUUAAUCUCACUCUCAACUUGGUAUCCGAGCUCCCCUGCUAUGACAAUUUGGAGCCCUUGACGCAAGAACUUCAGAAUGCGGUUUUUGAUGAUGUCUUGCCGACUUGCAAUAUCCCCCCUGCCGCCAACGGGGGAAAGAGGUCGCCGCCGCCCGACCAGAAACGCCGCCGGCUUAUCAAGAACCGGAUCUCAGCUGCUCGAUCAAGAGCUAGAAAACAGGCAUACACGCAUGAGUUGGAGCUGGAAGUUGCCGAGUUGAGUAAAGAAAAUGCGAGGCUCAAGAAACAGCAUCACGAGUUGUCGGUAGCUGCGGCCGAUCACCGUCGCCAGCACCGCCCUCUCCGCCGCACGUCGUCCUCUCCCUUCUGACUCCAUCAUCUUUCCCGCCACCACUACAACUUUGCGGCCGCUUCACAAGCUUAUGAGGCGGCGUUUAUUUUUUUAAUUUAAGACAUGCAAAUCAGUAUCAGUGUUGGAAUUAAAAUUUUAUCAAUUUGAAAUGUGAUAAUUGUAAUUAUAAUUAGGAAACUUAAUUUGUGACCAUUUUGAUAGAACAAUCCUGUUUUACUCAUCUUUCUCUAUAAUAUAAAGUAAGAGACUUUUGGUAACCAAAAAAAAGAGAAGAAAAUCAUGGUUUCCUGCCCUAUGAAAACGACAACGUUUAGGGAUUGGUAUUUUUUUAUAUAUAUAAAAUUUGUUGCUAUAUAUU